AUGUUAGUUGAAUAUUUUAAAAAUCAUAAUUUUUAUGGAAUAGAAUCAUAAAUAAGAAAGCCCUACCUUGUAUUUAAAAAUAUGAGAGAUAAAUGGGAUUACUAUACAAGAAGAACUAAUGAUAGUUGUUUAAGUAUUCUUAUUUAUUUUGCUAGUUAUAUUUUAAAUUUUAUAUUUUUUAAAGAUACUAAUCGCUUUAUUGAUGAAGAUAAGACAUAAAAUUAUAUUAUUGAAACAUCAAUUAUGGAAGCAGGAACUUUAUAAACUAAUAGUGAUAAUGAAGGAAAACAACUAAUUUCUAAUAUAGAAUUGAAUAAAAAAUAUUAAGAGAUACUUAAUUUAGAUAGUUUAAAAAUAUAUAUAAGUAAAUAUAAAUGA